UGGUUGUUGUUGUUAGUGGUCAUAUACGCGCCAAGAAGGAACCUCAGUGUAUGUGGUGAUAAUAUACUCAUCCUUUUAUUGACAUUUAGUGUACAUUUAAUUGUUACAUGAUGAUUCUUGAAGGUUUUGAUCAUAGUGUAAAGUCUGAGGUGCUGUUGAGUAUCCCGACGGAGGAAGAGGGAGGGCGGGCAGAUAGGUGUGGUGUGAGCUACAAGAACCUGUCCAAGAAGUACUCCUUAUGGUGUAGUAAGGAUGUCACUCGCCAGUACUGCAUGAUGUACACCGCCAGGCUGGAGAAGAUGAGACCCAAGGUGGAGGCCAGGGCUAGCAACAAGUGGAAAAAUGUUUGUUUUAAGCGACUGCAUGAGCUGAAUGAAUACUGUGGAAGAUGCAUUAUUAUUGGAACAUUAUUUAAGCGCCAGGAACUCAAACCAUCUAUACUCAAGGAAAUUUCUGAGGAACACCAACUGAUGCCACAACCAGUUGCUGAAAAGUACGUAGGUGAAGGUGAUGAUAUUAUUCUUGAGGAUGAAGUGCAGAGAAUACAACUUGUGGGGGAUAUUGACAUCUCAAAUCUUGUAACAGGUGUGGUUUGUUCUGUGCUAGGUAAGGAAGGAGAUGGGGGCAAAUUUAUAGUUGAAGAUCUAUGCUUUGCUGGUCUGCCUGAUCCAGUUCCUCGUGACGUUGUUAGUGAAGACAGGUACGUAAUGAUGGUGUCUGGCUUGGAACUGAGCUCAUCGGUUGAUAGUCUUCUGACCUUAGAACUAUUGGUGGACUACAUUACUGGCCACUUGGGACAUUCUGAAGAGCAGGCAGCUAUAGCUCGGGUCUCCAGAGUUAUCAUUGCAGGUAACUCAGUAAGUAGUGCUAAAGGAGAGAAGGAGAAGCCAGAGAAGGUCAAAAUGAUGAAAGAACUUGAUGACAUCCUCGCUCAGAUUGCAAGUGUGUGUCCUGUGGAUGUAAUGCCAGGAGAGUUUGACCCAGCCAACCAUAUAAUGCCUCAGCAACCACUUCAUUGUUGUAUGCUUCCUAAGGCUGCCAUGUAUUCCACAAUGCAGAGUGUAACAAAUCCAUAUGAAUGUGAGAUUGGAGGUCGGGCAUUUAUUGGACUGUCAGGACAGAAUGUGAAGGACAUCAGCCGGUGCUCAACAUUGGAAGAUCCUCUUAAAGUAUUAGAGAAGCUCUGUGAAUGGGGGCAUCUUGCACCCACUGCUCCAGACACUCUCACGGCCUAUCCCUACUACAAUGAAGAGCCAUUUGUGAUAGACAUGUGUCCAGAUGUAUUGUUUACUGGAAAUCAAGAAUCUUUUGGUACACAAAUUAUAGAAGGUGCAGGUGACCAUAAAAUUAGUUUGGUGAGCGUCCCUCGGUUUAGCAGUACAGGAACUUGUGUUUUAGUGAAUCUUCGAACUUUGCAGUGCCAACUUCUCUGUUUUUCUGCAGAUUCCUCUGACCUUAAUGAAUCAUGUAAUCAAGAGGCAGAGAAAUGAAUUAGUCAUUUAGAUGAUACCCAAAAUAUACCAGUUUGCUAGUAUGUACUGUAGUUGAUUUGGAAAAUUAAAAGUGUGGGAUGCAUUACCAAUUUGUUAUUGUGAAGUACAGCAAUUAACAUUAAGGUGUUUAUUUUUAUUUUAACAUGGAACUGUAAGCAGUGUUGCCAAGUACACCAUAAGUCAGUGGUUCACAACUUUUUUUCCUCACAACCCGUCAUAAGUAUUUGACUCUAUUUUGAUGAGUUUACCUCGGAUCUUUGGAGACAAUGUCCAAGAACUAAAUUAAUAAUAGAGUCCUUUGUGUUGGGAAGAUGAGGCUCUAUUAACUGCCAGACUCACUACUCGAAGUUACCUUAGAGCUCCUGUGUCUAUACAAGUUACCGAUGAGUUUAUACUUGUAUGUCACUUUAGGCAGAAUAGUUGUGUUCCUUACAGCAUGGUCAAACUUUCUUGAUGCCAUCACAUUGGUCAGAUAAUUACCUUGAUUUGCUUAUUUUUUUUAGUGGAUGGUGUAUCGAAAUAAUGCUUUUGGAGUAUACAUAUGGAUGUUUGAUAGUUUAGUCAGUCUUAAGGUGACUGAAUUGGAAUAUUGGCUUCCAUUUACAUUAGAAAAUGAUUUUGUUCCAAAAUGCCGUAAUAAAUAUUCUUUUGUAUUUUGUUUUGGUUUAUUUAGUUUGUUUCGAAUUUUAUUUUUUGUUGUACCUGUAAAAUAAAGCUUUUGCUGUGUCCUACUUAAUUUGCUACUGUAUUCAUGAAAGACGAGUGGCUCGGUUGGUAGUGCCCUGGAAGGGAUUAUUCGAAUAUUAAGACUCCCAGUUACCAAGGUGGGGACUCGGGUUAAACAAGCAGGAAUGGUUGGGUAUUACAAGAGGUUCUUUACUGUGGCAAGUUAACCCUUCUUGCCUCAGGGUUGCCACUCCACAGAGGAUGUUAGUCUUAAAUUAUUUAUUAUUAUGGGAGAAAAAAUGGAUGGGAUUCAAAUAAAAGUUCCUGAAAAAGA